CAAUGAUAAACCUUUGCUUAAUACGAUGUAAUAAGGUAACAAUAAUGGAGGUUAAAGCAACUACAACUGCUAUUAUCUCCCUCGCUCUCUCGAAACCAGACAACACACAAACCUCACUUGGAGAUACUGUAGCUCACACACAUUCUCUCUCUCUCUUUCCGUACCAAUGGCUACUCUGUUUCUCCUCCCAGCCGCUUUCCGGGCCUGAAAACGGGUCAGAAUUUCUCUGUUUGGAAUCAACAAUGGAAGCUCAGGAUGACGAUUACAAGAAGAAAGAGAUGACUGCUCUUGUUACGAUCCUAGUGUUCGCAUCAUUCGCCAUUGCUUCUUGCCUUGCUGCAUUCAGCUACUACUGCUACCUCCGCAGCAAAGUCUCCGCCUAUCGCCUAAAGAACGAGAAAAUUAAGGAGGGUGAAUGUGUAGAUAAAGGAAGUGGCAUUUCCAAUCUCAAAGUUACUGUGGAUAAGGGAGUUCAGGUUUUCACCUUCAAGCAGCUUCAGUCCGCAACUGGUGGGUUUGGCAAGUCUAAUGUGAUUGGAAAUGGUGCCUUUGGGACGGUGUACAGGGGAGCUCUCCAAGAUGGGAAGAAGGUUGCAGUUAAGCUUAUGGAUCAUUCUGGAAAGCAAGGAGAGGAGGAGUUUCAAGUGGAGGUGGACUUACUGAGCAGGUUGAGGUCACCUUAUCUAUUGUCACUCAUUGGCUACUGCUCUGAGAAAAACCACAAGUUGCUUGUUUAUGAGUUCAUGGAAAAUGGUGGCUUACAAGAACACUUGUAUCCCUUCAGUGGUUCGAACAGUAUACGACAGAAGUUGGACUGGGAAACCCGGUUAAAGAUAGCUUUGGAGGCAGCGAAAGGUUUAGAAUAUCUCCACGAAGAUGUUAAUCCCCCAAUUAUACACAGAGAUUUUAAAAGCGGCAACAUUCUUUUGGAUAAGAAUUUCCAUGCCAAAGUUUCUGACUUUGGCCUCGCCAAGCUUGGGUCUGAAAAAGUUGGUGGGCAUGUUUCCACUCGAGUGUUAGGCACCCAAGGUUAUGUUGCUCCUGAAUAUGCAUUAACUGGGCACCUCACAACAAAAUCAGAUGUGUACAGCUAUGGAGUUGUUCUGCUGGAGUUAUUGACUGGCAGGGUUCCCAUUGAUAUGAAACGUUCUCCAGGGGAAGGUGUUCUUGUAACUUGGGCUUUGCCUCGUUUGACCGAUCGAGAAAAGGUGGUAGAGAUUAUGGAUCCAACACUAGAAGGGCAGUGCUCAAUGAAAGAUGUGAUUCAGGUUGCUGCCAUUGCUGCAAUGUGUGUGCAACCAGAGGCUGACUACCGCCCGCUUAUGGCUGAUGUUGUGCAGUCACUGGUUCCACUGGUAAAACAGAACAGACCCGCUUCCAAAAAUGGCUCCAGCAGCUCGAGCUAUCAUGCCGCUACACAGUCUCCCAAUAUGUAAAGAUUAUGUUGAUGCAAGUUAAUGAGUUAUGUCCUGAAAUUGCUUUGCUUGGAAAAAGAUGCAAGAAACUCUUGUUUGGGUUUACAUCCAAUGAAGUAUUGGCGGCAGGCAGGCUCCAGGCAUCAAUCUAAUUUUGCAUCAGAACUGAAAAAAGUGAUGUGUUGUAGACUUGUAGGAAUGUUUACAGUAGGAUUAGUUCCUGUUUGGACUAGUCUUUUCAAAAAACCCGGACAGUGUUUUGGAGAAUUGGAGCCAAUCUAUUGUAUUUCUAUUUAUCUAUUAUCUACUCCCUCAGUCCUCUAAUAUUGGUACAGAAGAGAGUUGUGUUGUUUUUUAAGAAAAAUAGAAUUGUGUGAUUGAU